CCACUCCUCUACUGUUGUGUUCUCGUUUCAGUUGCUCUUCUUUGCCAGCUGCUUUUUCGUCCAUCUCUCCCACAAAAAAGGAUUUGGCGGCUUCCCGGCUCCUUCCGGAAGCCCUCGAGGGUGUUCCUGAUGUGCAUCGGAAUUCAGGUGCCUCUCCUGGAGCGCAAUGCAGUGCUUCAGAAAACAGCCCAAACUCAGCAAAUCCCAGGAAAAUCUGCUAGUGGAAGAAAGCCGGAAAGUGGCCGCUUUGAACGGGCAAAGGCUGGGUUUACAAGAUGACCAUGACCUCAAGUUCCUGCUGCGGGGAAGUCAUCUCCUGAAAGUCAAGUCCAACUCCUGGAGAAGGGAGAGGUUUUACAAGCUCCAGGAAGACUGUAAGACCAUAUGGCAGGAAUCCAAGAAGAUGCUCCGAUCCCCCGAGUCACAGCUUUUCUCCAUUGAAGAAAUCCAGGAUGUCAGGCCAGGUCAUAAGACCGAAGGGAUGGAAAAAUAUGCCAAGGAUGUCCCUGAAGUCCGCUGCUUUUCUAUCAUCUUCAAAGACCAGAAGAAGAACCUGGACCUCAUCGCUGGCUCAGAAACUGAUGCAAAUCACUGGGUGUCUGGCCUGGGCAAAAUCAUUGCCAAAAGCAAUUCUAUGAGCCAGAGGCAGAAAUUACAACACUGGAUUCACGCCUGCCUGAGGAAAGCGGAUAAGAACAAGGAUAACAAAAUGAGCUUUAAGGAACUCAAAAAUUUCAUGAAGGAAGUCAACAUUCAGUUGGAUGACAGCUAUGCCCGGCAGAUCUUCGAGCAGUGUGACAAAUCCAAGACCGACACCUUGGAAGACGACGAGAUAGAGGACUUCUACAGGAUACUGACGGAGCGGAAGGAGAUUGACCGCAUCUUCUCUGAUCAUGCGAAGGACAAGCUGGUCAUGUCGCUGGACCACCUGGUGCGAUUCCUGCAACAGGAACAAUACGAGGAGGACGCUGGCCCUGAAUUGGCACUCUCUCUCAUUGAGCAAUAUGAGCCCAACGAGGCAGUCAAAAGUCAAAGGGCCAUGAGCAAAGAUGGCUUCCAGAUGUAUUUGCUGUCUGUGGACGGGAACGUUUUCAAUAAAACUCACCGCCAGGUCUACCAGGAUAUGACCCAACCACUCAGCCAUUAUUACAUAUCUUCUUCACAUAAUACCUACCUCAUGGAGGACCAGCUAACAGGGCCCAGCAGUACUGAAGCCUACAUCAGAGCCUUGACGAAAGGUUGCCGAUGUGUGGAGCUCGAUUGCUGGAACGGCCCGAAUUCAGAGCCGGUCAUCUACCACGGUUACACGUUUACCUCCAAGAUCCUCUUCUGCGACGCCAUCAAAGCCAUCAAGAACUAUGCUUUCAAAAUCUCUCCGUAUCCCGUCAUCAUAUCCCUGGAGAACCACUGUAGCCUUGAUCAGCAGGAGACUAUGGCACGCCACUUGCACUCCAUUUUGAAAGACAUGUUGCUGGUGGCACCAGUUGAUUCCCAAGCAAACAACUUACCUUCCCCAGAGCAAUUAAAAGGGAAAAUUCUUGUGAAAGGAAAGAAGUUAAGCCCAGAAACAGAAGAGGUUUCAGAUGAGGAUGAAGCAGCUGAAAUGGAAGACGAAAAUGUGAAGCGUGAGGUAGAAAAGAAGAAAAUGACCGACAAGUUAAAGCUCGCAAAGGACCUGUCGGAUACUGUCGUCUACUGCAAAAGUGUCCACUUUCAGGGAUUUGCAGACACAAAGUCCCAGCCUUACGAUGAGAUGUCCUCUUUCAGUGAAGGCAAAGCUGUUAAACUGACUCAGGAAUCAGGAAUUGACUUCAUCCAUCAUAACGUCCAGCAUCUGAGCAGGAUCUAUCCAGCCGGAUGGAGGACAGAUUCAUCCAACUAUAACCCUGUCGAGAUGUGGAACAUGGGUUGCCAGAUAGUUGCCUUGAAUUUCCAGUCUAGGAGCUCGGAAAUGGAUGUCCACCAAGGCCGAUUCCAAGAAAAUGGAUUCUGUGGCUAUGUCCUAAAGCCAGAAUUUCUUCGAGAUGAACAGACCAAAUUCAACCCCAAGUCCAUCACUGAAGGGCCGUGGUGGAACCCUAAGAAAUUCCAGGUCAAGAUCAUUUCUGGCCAACAGCUGCCGAAGGUCAACAAAAGCAAAAAUUCCAUUGUGGAUCCAAGGGUGAUUGUGGAGAUCCACGGUGUCCAAAGGGACAACAGGAAGAAGCAAACCAAAGUAAUUGAUAAUAAUGGCUUUAACCCAACCUGGAAUGAAACCUUUGAGUUUGAAGUCGACGUACCCCAACUCGCCCUGGUCCGUUUCAUGGUGGAAGAUUUUGACGCCUCAACGAAAAAUGAUUUCAUCGGGCAGUUCACCGCCCCCUUCACGAGUCUGAAGCAAGGCUACCGCCACAUUCACCUUCUGACGAAGAACGGAGAUCAAUACCCAUCCGCCACGCUCUUUGUGCAUAUCAAUAUUUGCGACAAUUACUAAAAAAAGAAACAGACUUCAGGGACUGCUCAAGGAACCUCUUUUUACAAUUCCAGAUUGACUUUUGGUCCCCACAGCCUGCAGAGGAAAGUUCAACUCUCUGGAGGGCAUGUCGUGGGCCAAGCCGUUCCUUCUGCAGCUGGCUGAAUAUCUACGCUGGAAAAGAGCUGCAAAAGAUUAGCUUUUAAGGAUGGUGCAUUAAUUGUUAAUCCUAGUUGCUUUUCUAGGGCAAGAAAAGAGAGGAUUUUGAGAGUUGCAGAGGAGCAUCCAGGGGAAGAUAAGAAGAGGGCUCAUCUUGGUUUUAGCUCUGCAGGAUCAAAACCGUGGCCUUCCAGAUCACAAAUCUCAGGAGCUCUCACGGGUGUUGUAGAAGUGGCAGUACUAAGAGUAUAGACAUUUUUAGGUCCAUUUUAAUGCCAUCUGAACUGAAUUUGCACUUCCCCAAGUUUUGUGUUGACAUCUACAACACUGCAAAGGCCAGUGGGGAAAACAUGCCCACUGAUGUGUUCUGUGAAGGACCCUUGCUUUAUAAAAGGUGGGUGGCCGAAGGAAGAAGGUGUUAGGGGAAGUAUGAACAAAAACACCUACGUUGUUUUAAUGCUAACUUAAGACAUUUGCAGGCUCUUGCAAAAAUAGCAAUAACUGACCCUCAGAUGGGGAAAAUGAGAAAAGGAGCCAACUCAGAUUUGAUACCUAGGUGUGAUCCUAGGAUCUACCUGUGGGGUGAUCAAAUGCCUUUGCUUCUGGAUCUAUGUUGCUAAUCCUCAUUGCUGCUAAGAUCGAUCUAAGAUUUAUUAAUUGUAUUUCAUUAUUUUGCCAGGACAGCACAGAUGUUGUGUCUGGGAGAGUUAGACAUUCAAUAAAUAAUAGGCGCAUGUGUCAGAUCCACCUUGGUCUGGUUGCUCCAGAACUCCAAAAUGCUACAGCCGGUGAUGUUGUGGCCUUCAGGCCCCAAUCAAAAAAGAAUAAAUCUGUUAUCACUUGCAUAACAUUCAGGAUUAAGAAGGAAGUUAUGGGGUCCAGUGACAGAAAGGUCUUCCCUUAGGUAGAAAUGUUUGAGCAGCCCACUUUUCAUAACCCCAAUCAUGAUGUCUUGGAUGGGGAAUGAGAUACUGAAAGCACUAGAAGAAGACUUCUUAGUUGCCCUGAGAUGUUCUUUGUCAUUCAGCCUCUAAUCCUGGACAUUUGCUGAGUUUCUUUCACUGGUUGAUCUGGCCCAGCAGCUGGUGGGUCUUUUGUGGGAAAGACCAAAAAGACUUUUGCAAUUCAUGGCAAUCUAUUUCAAGUUAGGGGAAGGAUGUUGUUUUUCUUCAAUCUUAUCCUUUCCCUUGGCACGCACAUUCCCCAUGGAUUUGUCUGAAAUAGGGCAAGGGUCUUCUUCAGUGAAAAGGCAUUUAAGGUUGCAAAUAUUGACACACUCAACAAAACAACCAAAUUAUGAGGAUUUUGUUAAAAAUCCGAUUUUAACCAAGUGUAAACUGGAAAAUUUUGGACAAGAUUUACAGAAAAUUGGGCACACUUCUUUCCCACAUAAUCUCUAAACUAGUGUUUCUCAACCUUGGCAGCUUGAAGAUGUGUGGAGUUC